AUGUUGUCCUCUUCGGUGUCGACUCCAUUCAGUGUUCGUGAUAUUCUCAGCGAAGAUCAACAACUCGGCGUCAUGGAUUGUUACGCGCAUCAUCAAAAUCAAGUUCAACAACAUGUGCAUCAAGAAUAUUAUUCAUACAACGUUGUGUCUGAAAACAAUUGGGAAAUAGAUAAAUUUAAGGAUCAACCGAUGCCCAGUUAUCAACAUUAUUCGGAUCUUAAUCACGUUCAUCAAUUGAGUCAGGUGGUACCGCCAUACCAAGAGACUUCUAUCACUGAAGACGGUAACAUUGUUACGUCCAGCAAGACUGAAUUGCGCAAAAGCCAAUCUGGUAAAAGAACGAAACGAAAGCCAAGAGUAUUGUUUUCGCAAACACAGGUUUAUGAAUUGGAGCAGCGAUUCAAACAGCAGAGAUAUCUGAGCGCACCUGAGAGAGAAUUGUUGGCUCAGUCACUGAAGCUAACCAGCACGCAAGUAAAAAUCUGGUUUCAGAAUCGACGAUAUAAGAACAAACGCGCCCGAAUCGAGGAUGCUGAGAAGUUGCAGGCACAGAAUAUGAAGAAUCAGCCCUUGAAGAAGAUCGCCGUACCGAUCCUCAUCAAGGAUGGUAAACCCAAUGUACAAGAAUCCUACAACGCACCUUAUUGGCCAAAUAUCCGAUCGGAUUUAAACGCUCCGAUACAGACAGAUUUUCGGACAAAUGAGAUUCGUCUUAGUCCCGACUUCAGGUCCAAUUCGAACGAGAUGAGGAUUGAUUCCAAUAUCAGUACGGAGUACAAACCAGAAGUAAAUUCAGACAUGCCCGGAAGAUCAAGUCUGAAUGACAUGGCAGACAAGCAGCACGUUCCAGAAUAUAGGAGCAAUUUCGUGACGGAAGCUACGCCGAAUGUACACGAUUGCAAUCGAUUAAUUAAGUCGGAAUUUAAGACAUGCUCUAACACCAACGAAGCCAUGUCUUAUCCAGACUUGAAAACUGUUCAGUCAGACAACAAACAGCUUAUGACUGAUAGGCGGAUGUCUAUGGAUGUCUCUAAUGGCGAAUAUGUGUUUUCGAAUUAUCUUGCUCCUACCAAUUACCAAAUGCAAUACGUGAAUUAUAUGGAACAGGUACCUAUGGAUCAAAAUCUUCAACGACUGUGGUAG